GACUUUUCUGAAUGCCAAUCAUCAAACACUUCCAAUUUUCCCAACUUUGUUAUGUCAAACAAUUUAAACGAUUCAAACAAAGCUGUAUCUGUUGGCUCUGAUGAAGAAAAUAAUCAACAACAAUUUAAUUUAACAAUGGAAAAUCGCAGAGCCCGGACAGCUUUUAAUCAGGAACAAUUACGUCUGUUAGAGGAAGUAUUCAAUGUAAAUCCCUAUCCCGUAACUACACAAAAAGAAUGGCUUGUAAGAAAAACAAAAUUGGAUGAAGACAAAAUUAUAGUAUAA